AUGGAAGUGGAGAAUCAGACACGGGUCACCAAGUUCAUUCUAGUGGGGUUCCCUGGGAACUUGAGCAUGCGUGCAGCAGUGUUCCUGAUGUUCCUUAUGGCUUAUAUCCUGACAAUGACUGAAAAUGUGAUCAUCAUCCUGUUGGUGCAGCAGAACAGGCCACUGCACAAGCCCAUGUACUUCUUCCUGGCCAACCUAUCCUUUCUGGAGACCUGGUACAUCUCUGUGACUGUGCCUAAGCUGUUGUUUAGUUUUUGGUCCAUGAGCAACAGCAUCUCAUUCACUCACUGUAUGAUCCAACUCUAUUUCUUCAUAGCACUCAUGUGCACAGAAUGUGUGCUCCUGGCUGCCAUGGCCUAUGACCGUUAUGUGGCUAUCUGCCGCCCACUCCACUACCCCACUAUCAUGAGUCAUGGGCUCUGCUUCCGCCUGGCUCUGGGUUCCUGGACCAUUGGCUUCGGCAUCUCCUUGGCAAAAAUCUACUUCAUUUCCCGCCUCAGUUUCUGUGGCCCUAAUGUCAUCAAUCAUUUCUUCUGUGACAUCUCUCCAGUACUUAACCUCUCCUGCACAGAUAUGUCCAUGGCUGAGUUGGUAGACUUUGUCUUGGCACUGAUCAUCUUUCUCUUCCCACUCUCUAUCACUGUCCUGUCCUAUGGGUGUAUUCUGGCCACUGUUUUACGUAUGCCCACAGGAAAACAGAAAGCCUUUUCUACUUGUGCCUCCCACCUUGUGGUGGUCACUAUCUUCUAUUCAGCCACAAUUUUCAUGUAUGCCCGACCCCGAGCCAUCCAUGCUUUCAACAUGAACAAAAUUAUUUCCAUCUUUUAUGCCAUUGUCACCCCUGCUCUCAACCCUUUCAUUUAUUGCCUAAGGAAUCGAGAGGUCAAGGAAGCUCUGAAGAAACUGGCCCAUUGCCAGACCAUCAGAUCUGACUAGUCUAUUACAAUUGACCAGAAGGAAAGGACUAUUGACUGCUUGGUCUACCUUCCUAAAUCCUUCUUAUUCAAUGCUUCAGCUGCACAUUACUCAUGUUCACAGCACAUUCCUAUGUUCACAUAGAUCACGAGCUCUUGGAGGUGGGCAUCUCUGCAGGUGGUCAGUGCUCCAAAGGCACACUCCUUAUGCAGAGAACUAGAGGAAAUAAAUUCUCUUCAUGACACAAAAUGGACUUUCUAAAACUGUGAGCAAAUUCAUAUGUGAACUGAGUGAGAAGAGAGAUGGUGGUAUAUGAAUUAGCUGUUGUUGGAUCUAGCAAACAUUAACAACCCUGGGACCAGCCGAUUUUGUGAUGGUUUCCUUAUUUCCAAUCUCACUGACUGUAACAGAGGCAGCAGUUCUUUCGGCAAUUCCAUUCUCAUUGUUGUGCAGGGCAUUGGUCUUGGUGAGAGCAACCAGAGAUUGCUCCUUUGGUCUCUCCAAGACUUUUGCAUACACCUACUUACUUGUAUUAAAUUUCUUUCUGCUUCAAAUAGAGUGUUUUCUUUCACAUGUGAGUGAAUUGUACUUUAUACGGUUAUGUUUUGUCUUCUGAUGUAACUAGAAAAUUUUUUACUUUAUUGAAUUUGGUAUUUCCCUUCUAGAUGUCACAAUUUGUUACUAUGCUCUAGUAGGUAAAGCAUAAAAUUGAUGAUAAAUAACUAUCACCAUUUGCUAAAUGAAACUUGCCCUCAUCUUUCCUCUUUUCUUUUAAUAUUAACUUUCUCUCAUUGCUCUUCAAUUUUUCUUUAACUGAUCCUGUCACUCAUUCUCUACACACUCAUCUUGAUGCAAGAAACCAGCCCAAUCUUAGCAUUUGACAGAUUUUCAUCCCAUGCUAUGGCGAUUCUGCACUCUUUACCUGAGAUCCUACUAAUGUACAUUAGACCAUUCCAAUCAGAUAUGACCAUUCUCUCACAUAUGCCUGCCACUUUGGUUCAUAGUUUUACCAAUGGCAUAGGGAGCUACACGUUGAUCUGUAUUCAAUACUACAUGCCAAUAUCAGUAGGAAUUUAAUUAUUUCAUUAGAGUAGUUGUAAAACAGAACUUCUUGCACUUACAGAGUCUUUCAUCCAAGAACAAACUAUAAAUUCAAGAAUAUUUCAUCUUUUCUUUCAGCAAGAAGUAUUAGGUGGGAUAAUUUUCUCCAUUUUACAAAUUUCAAGAGCAGAUGUUCAAAGAAGUAACUGAUAUGCAACAACAGUGAGGAGCAGAGGUCAAAAGCCCAGGUUUCCUGACUGAGAUCUGGCUCCUUUUUCUAAUGGAUGACAUCUCCCUAGAGAGAAACAUACUUCUUCAGGAGCCAAGUGUGGAAGCUAAUUGUAAAGGGAUGUGGUUUAAAUUAUGAAUUACUAUAAUAGGAACACAGUUAAUAAAACAAAAAUAGACAAAUUUAAAGUAUAUAGUUCAUGAGAAAAGAAAUUUAAAAAUAAGCAUAGCUCACUUGAGAGGAUAACUGUACAAAAGAACUGAAAUGAUGCUUACAAUGGGAACAAUUUAAUGUUUGCUUAUACAUCAUAUUUUGGUCUCUUAAUGCAAUAAAGAAGUGACUACCAAUAUAUUUCCAUUUAAAACCAGAUGUAACUAAAAUGAAUUCUUUUCUGAAAAAAUCAGAUAAAUCAAAAUCUGAUGGCAUGGUCAAGCAGGACUAUUAAAUAUGCACAUUAAAAACAGGUAAAGAUACAUUCUUUAGGGAUGAGGAAAUAUAAGAUAAAGAACUACAGCCACAAUCUGAAUUUUAGCUAUAGAUAUAUUUUUACCAUGUGACCUUGGGCAAACCAUCCAUACUUUCUGAAAUAUAGAUUCUUCAUAUGUAAAAUAGGAAUAAUAAUUCUUACUCUGUCAGCCUUACAUAAUGGUUAUGAGGAUCAACUACUAUGAUGCAAAAUACCUUGACUAUUAAAAAUGUGGGGCAGUAAACAAUCUAAGAAAGCUGCCACUCUGUUAGAUUAUACUGAAAACCAGUGGGGAAGAUGGUGUUCUGUAGACUACCUAAAACUAUUCCACACUGACUGGACUCCAUGUGUAUAAUCUAUAAAUUAUAUAAAUACUAUAAGGGGUUUUUGUGUCAUUAUUUCUCACAAAUGUCUGGAUAAUGGAGGGUGUUGAAACAGGGUCUCUUGAUCAAUGCUAUCAAAUUAUGUUUGAAAUAACAGAAGAGAAUCAGCAAUGCAGCACUGACUUCUUUGAGAAAGGAAUAUAAGUACAUAGGCUAAACAAACAGAACAAACAGAUCACAGCAAAAUGAGAAUCAUUCUCAAUAGACAGAAGAUACUUUAUCAGGUUAAUGGUUAUGUUCAUAUACAAACAAGUUAUUUGUAAGGUGAGAUGCAUAAAACAAGCAAGAAUAUUAGAACAAACUAGUGGACAUUAAGUGAAUUAUGAUACAAGCCUAGUGGUUAGUUUUAGUAUGUUACCCAGACUCUAAGCCCUAAGGAUUUGGCUAUCAAUCAAACUCAUAAGAAAGUUCAUAAAAUAAAAUAAAUUAAUAUUGUUAUUAAUUAUACAGACAGUAUAUAUUUGUCACUAUAUUAAUUCAAUUAAUAUUUAUUAACCACCUACUGUAUAUCUACAUAUAAUAACAAAACCCCAAAACUUGGUACCCUCAGGGAUAGAAAAAGGUAGCAGAUAACAUGUUUAUAGUCAUAUAAUAUACACAUACAUAUUGCAUUGUGUAGAAAUGAGGCUCCUAAAAGGAUUUGCUCACAUCCUCAACCUGAAACUCGUGUUUGUGAACUUAUUUGGAAAGAGGAUAUUUGAAGUGUAAUAAACUCAUACAUCUCAAAAUUAGAUUAUCUCUAUGGGAUGUAAGUACAUGUCCUUUCAAUGAGAAAGUUGAGAAGAAGACAAAGGAAAAAGCCAUUUCAAUUCUAAUUCCAUUCUGAAGAUGGAAUUAGAAAUCCAGGCUAAGGAACAAGUAGCUGGUAUAUUUGUGUUUUGCUAAGCCAACAAAAUUAUAAUUUAUUAGGGAAGCCCUGGAAAACUAAUAGAGUAAUUCUAGUAGCAAUAAGCAUUAUGGAAAAAAACACCAUGGAAAGUGAUAGGGAAAGUGAUGGGAAUGAUUUCAAAUUUCCUAUAAGAUGGUCACAGAGCUCUCACAGAGAAAGUGGCAGUGGAGUAAACACAGGAGAAGCUGAGGGAGCAGGACAUGCCGCUACUUGGGGAAAGAAUUCUCAAGAAAGUAGAAACAGCAUGUGCAAAUCUGAGACCCUAUCUUUCAUGCCUGAGGAACAUGGAAGAAGCCAGUGUGGCUGGAGUCAUGAGUUAAGGGGAAGCAGAGUUGGAUACAUGAGGCUAGACUAUGCUGGAUCCCAUAGCCCAUUGUAAGAGUCUUAGGUUUUUCUCUGAGUGAGAUGGGAAAACACGGGAAGGUUUUGAGAAGAGGAAUAACAUGAUCUCACUGAGUUAAAACUCAAUUGGGGGACCAGCACUGUAACAUAGCAGGUAAAGCUGCUGCCUGCAAUGCAAGGAUACAAUAUGGGCAGCAGUUUGUGUCCUGCUUGAUCCACUUUUGAUCUAGCUCCCUGUUAGGGGCCUGGGGAAAGCAACGGAAGAUGGCCCAAAUGUUUGGGCACCUGCCAUCCAAGUGGGAGACUUGGGUGAAGCUCCUAGGUCCUAUCUUCAGCUUGGCCCAGCCUGGUUCUUGUGGCUAUCUACAGAGUAAGCCAGUAGAUGGAAGACUUUCUCUCUCUCUCUCUCUCUCUCUCAUUCACCCACUCUGACUUUCAAAUAAAUAAAUAAAUCUUUUUUUAAAAAAUAAUUAUUCUUUGGAUGGACAUUGGGUGCAGUGCUUAAGAUGGUGCGUUGGACAACAACAUUCCAAAUUCACAUGUUUGGGUUUGAGUUCUGCUUCCCAUUAUGAUCCCUGCUUCCUGCUAAUCAAACCCUGGGAAAGAGCAGGUGAUAGAUCAAGUUUCUGGGUCCCUGCUACCCACAGUGGAGACCUGGAUUGAGUUUUUGG